GUUGGAAAUGUGAAAGCAAGAAGCAGGCUCGGGGCUCCCCCUCCUCUCUCCUCUUCUCUCUCUCUCUCUCUCUCUCUCUCUCUCUUCUUUUUUUUUUUUUUUUUCUUUUUUUUUUUUUUUUUCCCCUCUCUCUCUCUCCCUCUGUCCCCCCCCUCCCCCCUCCGCCCCCCUCCCCUCCUCUCCCCCUCUGUCUCCCUGUGUCCCCGCACACGCACACCUCCAGCCCGCAGCCCCCCGCAGCAGACAUGUAUUCUCCGCUCUGUCUCACCCAGGAUGAAUUUCAUCCCUUCAUCGAAGCACUUCUGCCUCACGUCCGAGCGUUUGCGUACACGUGGUUCAACCUGCAAGCCCGAAAAAGAAAAUACUUCAAAAAACAUGAGAAACGCAUGUCAAAAGAGGAAGAGAGAGCCGUGAAGGACGAACUGCUAAGUGAAAAACCCGAGGUAAAGCAAAAAUGGGCAUCCAGACUUCUGGCAAAGCUCCGGAAAGAUAUCAGGCCUGAAUUUCGGGAGGAUUUUGUUCUCACAGUCACAGGAAAAAAGCCUCCGUGUUGCGUCCUUUCCAAUCCAGACCAGAAGGGCAAGAUGAGAAGAAUUGACUGCCUUCGCCAGGCAGAUAAGGUCUGGAGGUUGGACCUCGUUAUGGUGAUUUUAUUUAAAGGUAUUCCGCUCGAAAGUACUGAUGGCGAGCGCCUUGUAAAGUCCCCACAGUGCUCUAACCCUGGGCUGUGCGUACAGCCCCACCAUAUAGGAGUUUCUGUUAAGGAACUCGAUUUAUAUUUGGCAUACUUUGUGCACGCAGCAGAUUCAAGUCAAUCUGAAAGUCCCAGCCAGCCAAGUGAAGCUGAUAUUAAGGACCAGCCAGAAAAUGGACAUUUGGGCUUCCAGGACAGUUUUGUCACAUCAGGUGUUUUCAGUGUGACUGAGCUAGUAAGAGUCUCACAAACACCAAUAGCUGCAGGAACAGGCCCUAAUUUCUCCCUCUCAGAUUUGGAAAGUUCUUCAUACUACAGCAUGAGCCCAGGAGCAAUGAGGAGGUCUUUACCUAGCACAUCCUCUACCAGCUCUACAAAACGUCUCAAAUCUGUGGAGGAUGAAAUGGACAGUCCUGGUGAGGAACCGUUUUAUACAAGCCAAGGGCGCUCUCCAGGAAGUGGCAGCCAGUCAAGUGGAUGGCAUGAAGUGGAGCCAGGAAUGCCAUCGCCAACUACAUUAAAGAAGUCAGAGAAGUCUGGUUUCAGCAGUCCCUCGCCUUCGCAGACCUCCUCCCUUGGAACGGCUUUCACACAGCACCAUCGACCUGUCAUUACAGGACCCAGAGCAAGUCCACAUGCAACACCAUCGACUCUUCAUUUUCCAACAUCACCCAUUAUUCAACAGCCUGGGCCAUACUUCUCACACCCAGCAAUCCGCUAUCAUCCUCAGGAGACUCUGAAAGAGUUUGUCCAACUUGUCUGCCCCGACGCUGGUCAGCAGGCUGGACAGGUGGGGUUCCUAAAUCCCAAUGGUAGCAGCCAAGGCAAGGUGCACAAUCCAUUCCUUCCUACCCCAAUGUUGCCACCACCACCUCCGCCACCAAUGGCUAGGCCUGUGCCUCUGCCAGUGCCAGACACAAAACCUCCAACUACAUCAACAGAAGGAGGGGCCACCUCUCCCACUUCUCCAACCUACUCGACACCCAGCACCUCCCCCGCAAACCGAUUCGUCAGUGUUGGACCACGGGAUCCAAGCUUUGUAAAUAUCCCUCAACAGACUCAGUCCUGGUACCUGGGAUAAAAGUCUCCGCUUCCCACCACCCACCGGACAGACCACCUGACCCCUUCCCACCUCUGUAACACGAAGCAGCAGCAACGCAGCGCAGCGACUUCACAUCGGCGGAAGGGGAGGCGAGCAGACACCGACAGCAAACUCGUACAUGGAAAUGGCAAACGUUAUGGUUGAAUGGCAAAGGCCGUAACUUUUUCGAGAUUUUUUUUUUUUUAGACAACUUUAGGACUGUUGUAAUUUCUCCUAUGGUGCUGGAAAUGGUUGGGCUUCAUAACUUUUGAAGUGUUUCAUUGGUAGUGUAAGCAUUAGGUGACACUGAGUAGAACUAGCCUCUGCUGCUGCUUACCAACUCGCUGUUGUAACACACUUUCCAUAUGGAGCCUAACUGUUUUACAGUAUCCUCAUCGAUUUUUUCCCAUACAGGUGUGAGACUUCUUGAGAAAUCAUGAAACACACUUAAACUAUAACUUUUGUAGUAGCUGAAUUCUGCAAUAUAUAACUUACCGGACAGACAUAGAGCAUGUUUUUCUGUAACAUAUCGGAAAAAAAAUGCAGGUUUUUUUUGUUGUUCUUUUUUUUUUUUUUUACAGUCGGCACUUAGAUACGUAACAUGAACCAUAAGAGCAUUGUCAACAAUUUUUU